UCCUCCGCCGCCGUUUUCCUCCGUCCAUGUCCUUCUUCUCCAAAUUUCGAAAAUAUACAUCUUCUUCUUCUAAUCUAUUAAAUUCAUCGCUAAAGCUUAGUAUGAGUUGAGUGAAUGUUAUCAUGAACGAAACUCUGCCAAUUCCAAUUUAUUGUUGUAAAUUGAUGUUAGAAUCAAGCCAUAGGAAUUGCGCUAAGCUUGUUAUAGAGUGGGGAAAAUGAGCGCCAGUUUCUUACACUUUUUUUUUUUUCGUAUCUGUGAUAGUUUCCCAGACAACUGAAUCCCACUGAUGAUUCAGUUAAUAUGUAAACGGGCACAUUCUUUCGCUUUAGUACACCAACUAGCUUCACCAAUUCACUGCCCCCCAGUUACAAAUUACAAAGAAUCGGUCUUCAAAGAUUCAAUCAAUCAGGGUGCUAAAGCCACAACUCUCUCGCCUCAAAUUGUGUUGACGACUCUGCAGAACUGCCCUUCUGAUUUAGUUGCUCUGAGCUUUUUCCUGUGGUGUGCGCGUCAGCCUAAUUACUUUCAUGAUAAUCUUGGAUUUGAUCACAUGGUGGGCGUGACAUCAAAUUUGACCCAAAAAUAUGGGACUGUGAGAGUCAUUAUUGAGGAAUUGGAGAGCAUCGGUUGCUUCACAAAGGCACAGACUUUGCUGCUUUUGAUGAGAAUUUACUGGCGUGGAGCCAAGUACGAUAUGGUAUUACAGGCUUUUAAAGUGAUGUGUGGCUAUGGUUAUGUACCGAAUACUUACGCAAGAAACAUUGUUGUCGAUGUCUUGUUCAAGAUUGGGGAGGUUGACGAAGCCCUCAGUUUUUUGGAGGGAACUCAGGCCCCAAAUUUUCUGAGCUUCAACAUUUCCAUCUGUAACUUGUGCAGGCUCGGUGAGGUUGAUAAAGUUAAAAGUGUCUUUAGGCGUAUGUUGUCGAGAGGGUAUUAUAUGAACCCUGAGACCUAUGCAAUGGUGUUGAAUUGUUUCUGCAAAUUCGGGAGGUUGGAGGAGGCUUUGCAGCUGCUUGGAAUGAUGGUGGUUUUGGGUGCACCUGUUUCUGUAAAUGUAUGGAGCAUAUUGAUUGAUGGUUACUGCAGGUCGGGUUCAGUCAAGGUUGCAGCUUAUAUAUUUGAGAAAAUGGUGGCUGUUGGUUGUUCACCAAACAUCGUGACUUGCACAUCAUUGAUCAAAGCAUUUUUAGAAUCUCAAAUGGCUGAAGAAGCAUUUAAGCUCCUUGCCACUUUAAUAUCCAAAGGUUGUUUCCCUGAUCUUGUGCUGUGUAAUGUAUUGAUUGAUCGCCUAUCUAAGAUUGGGCAUUACAUGGGUGCAUUUGAAGUUUACUUUAGUUUGAGAGAUCUAAAUUUAAAGCCGGAUUGUUACACUUAUUCGUCUCUUGUAACUCUAAUGGAUCUGUCUGGGCAGUAUGCUCAUCUACCCUCCAUUACGAGUGGACUUGCAGUGCAACCUGACCUGGUGCUCUGCAAUUGCCUCCUAAGCUAUUUCUGCAAGUCUGCUUAUCCAGAGGGUGCUAUCGAGUUCUAUGAUAUAAUGAUAGACAUAGGGUUUAUACCAGACAAAUAUAGUUUUGCGGCAGUGUUGAGUGCGUUGUGCAGGUUGGGUAGGUUACAUGAUGCAGUGAAUGUUUACCAUGGAUUUAUUCACAACUAUCCAGGUAUCGAUGCUCGCAUCCACUCUAUAGUCAUUAACGCACUUGCAAAAUCAGGUAGGUUUAAUCAAGUUAAGAGAAUAUUCAGGAAAGCUAGAGAUGAGAAGUUCCCAUUAGAUGCUGUGUCAUACAAUGUUGCCAUUUAUGUACUCAUUAGAGUUGGUCAGAUGGAGGAAGCUAACUGUAUGUUUAACGAAAUGAAGGAGAUGGAGGUAGUGCCAAAUAAGCGGACGUAUAAUCUGAUACUCUCUGGUUUCUGCAAGAAUAGUGAUAUUCAUGCGGUUAAACACAUCCUGAAGGAAAUGAAAGGUGCAAAUAUUGCAAUGGAGUAUCAUGCAUUCAGAUUGAUUAAAAAACAUUUUUCUCACUCCUCCGACUCUGUUUUUUCUGACCUCGCUUUGGCAAAUUUGAGGUUGCCUAGAGGGGGUGAAGUGGUGUCGCCUAUAGGCGAUGGAGUGGUGUUGGUAAAUCGGCAUGCAUCAAAUGAUAAUGUGAAUGCCACGGACUCUGAAAGAUCGAGCUCUGAUGAGGAAUUUGAUGCUAUUGUUUCUGUGUUGAGUUAGUGAAGGAACUUUUCAGAUAAGCUAUUGGCGACCAAUAGCAACGGAGCCCCAAUGUCGACGAAAAGAUUGGAGAUGGAGAAUAGUUCUUAUUCCGUUUUCCCUCUUGCCAUUACCCUUUACUGGCAUCCGCUCAAGCUAAGAUAAUGCAAGACGAGGGAAACCGUGUGGUGGGAAAAGACAAGAAUGCAGUGCGGCAGUCAUAAGUAUGAUAAGCAUCGAACAUCAGUAUGUGGUCGAACAAGCUUGGUCUGCACUUUCAAAUCUUGCUUCAGAUGGUUCAGGAGCAAUGCAACCUAUUGAGAGUGUUGAAAUCCACUGGCUCAAUGGAAGUUAUCUGUCUUAAGCUAUGGCCAGGUUAGCUUUUACAUCAGAUAUUGUAGCAGAGAAAAUGCGAUAUUUUGAUGUCGCAUCAAGUUAUUGUGUGGUCACAAGACGAGGACCAUGAACCCUCGAGUCCAGUCAGCGACCCUGAUGUGUGUAUGGGCAGUGAGAAAGAACUGUUUCAGUCAGCGACCAAGUUGUACGAAUCAAUGGUAUUUUUGCCACCUUUCGAUCAAUCUGCAGACGGGAGAGGGCAUUGUUCUUCGACUUGCUGCUGGCCGUCCGAGGUAUCUACUCCCAUCUUUCUUGAAUUAAAGGAGAUGAUAAUAUACAUCAAACUCUAGGAGAAUAAACAGAGACCAUGCACAUUUUUGCAAGGGAAUCUGUGAUUAUUUGGGACUUCGAUUCAAAAUGAGAAGAAUUUAAGCAUUGGAAGAUUGCUCUAUUUUAUAACUUUUUUGCAAAAUUGGGUAUCUGUUAUUGGCAUUCAUGUUACUACUAUAAUUUAGUAGUAAUGCUAUAUUUUAUCAUUGCCAUUCUUAAUGAGUUGAUAUGAUAAUUUAACAUA